AUGUUGUUUGAGGAAUGCAUUGCAAUUCUCCUUAAGAAAUUGCCACCAAAACUUAAGGAUCCAGGGAGUUUUACAAUUUCUUACAUUAUUGGAAAUUUACAUAUUGAAAAGGCUUUAAUUGAUUUGGGUGCAAGUAUUGACUUAAUGCCUUAUUCUGUAUUUCAGCAGCUAGGCAUUGGAGAUAUUAAACCAACUUUUGUGAGCUUGCAACUGGCUGAUAGGUCUAUGAAAUAUCCACUUGGAAUUGUUGAUGAUAUACUAAUCAAAGUGGAUCAAUUUGUGCUUCCAAUGGAUUUUAUCAUCCUUGACAUGGAGGAAGAUAGAGAAGUUCCCAUCAUUACGGGACGUCCUUUUAUGGUUACUGUUGGCACCAUCAUUGAUGUGAAGAAAGGUUUAUUGACCAUGACUGUACAAGGCCAAACUGUUGAGUUCAAGAUGUUUGAGGCCAUUAAGAAGCCCGUGGAGAUGAAUGAGUGUUUGUGUAGAUACCGUUGA